AUGCAGCCUCUUCGAAGAAAAACUCCUCUGUUCACUUCAGAAAUGGGGUCAAUUAAGGGUCGAAAGAACAACAACCUCUCCAUUUUCGUGGUGGUGUUCUCCAUAUUCCUCUUUGGUCUUUUUAUGUACAACGAGGACGUUAAGUCCAUUGCUGAGUUCCCAUUCUCGAGUCACAAAGCGCAUGAAACACAAGAAAGAGUACAGAAAGAGGUUGAUUCUAUUCAUGGGGGUGCAAGAAAAGACGUGGAAGAGAGUGUUGUUGUUCAAAGGGACGCUGAGAAGGAUGUGGAAGACACCGUCGCAGAGACUGUUUCAAAUUCAAGGGCGCAAUUAGAUAAGAGUGGUGGCGAGGAUGAAGAUUCCGAUGAGGCACAAGAGCGUGCAGAUUUGAAAACUGUUUUGGAGAAAGAGAAGAAGAUUGAACUGCCACGUGCGGAGGAAGAGGAAGAGGUGGAAGAAGAAGAGGAAGAAGAAGAGAAAGUUGAAUUGCCUCCAGAAGGUUGUGACUUGUACACUGGGGAGUGGGUUUUGGAUAAGACGACGCACCCUUUAUACAAAGAAGAUCAGUGUGAGUUUCUCACUUCGCAAGUGACAUGCAUGAAGAAUGGACGACCAGAUUCUUUGUAUCAGAACUGGAAAUGGAAGCCGAGAGAUUGUUCUCUGCCAAAGUUCAAACCGAAGCUUUUGUUUGAGAAGAUAAGAGGGAAGAGGCUUAUGUUUGUUGGAGAUUCACUGAAUAGGAACCAGUGGGAAUCAAUGGUUUGUAUGGUCAAUUCUGCGGUUCCUUCACAUAACAAGACUUGGUACAAGACGGGUUCUCUUGCUAUCUUCAAAAUUCAGGAGCCAGAGCAUGUUACCACCGUGGAAUUCUACUGGGCACCAUUCCUUGUGGAGUCAAAUUCGGAUGAUCCAAACAUGCACAGCAUAUUGAAUCGUAUAAUCAUGCCUGAAUCGAUCGAAAAGCAUGGAGUGAAUUGGAAGGAUGUGGACUACUUGAUCUUCAACACCUACAUUUGGUGGAUGAACACUUUCACUAUGAAAGUCUUACGAGGGUCAUUUGAUGAAGGGUCCACGGAGUACGAUGAAGUACCUAGGCCAAUAGCAUAUGGGAGAGUCCUCAAGACAUGGUCAAAAUGGGUAGAUGACAACAUUGACCCAAAUAGAACCAAAGUUUUCUUCAGCAGCACGUCCCCUCUACAUAUCAAGCCUAAGGAUUGGAACAACCCAGAUGGAAUAAAAUGUGCUAAAGAAACCACUCCUGUCGUCAACUUGUCAACUCCAUUGGAUGUGGGCACAGAUCGUCGACUGUUUGCAAUUGCCAACAAUGUGACCGAAUCAAUGAAGGUGCCAGUGUACUUCAUUAACAUCACUACUUUAUCAGAGUUGAGAAAAGAUGCACAUACUUCUGUUUACACCAUACGCCAAGGCAAAAUGCUAACUCCGGAGCAGCAAGCUGAUCCUACUAAUUAUGCAGAUUGCAUCCAUUGGUGUUUACCGGGAUUACCUGACACUUGGAAUGAGUUCCUCUACACACGGAUCAUCUCUCAAUCUUGA